AUGGUGUUUUCAACCCAAAAUGCUAGGGUCAAGGGUUGGCUAUCCCGCUUACUCUUACCCCUUAUCCUUACCUUUGCCCUCUCUCUUUCCAAACACCGACGCAAACCGACAUGCAUCACCACGCGGUCGUUUGUGGGAGUGCUGGUCUCGGUGGUUAUACCGUUGGUUGCACCGUAA